AUGGGAAAACGUGAAGAUUGGUCAGUGACCGCUUGCGUUUUCCUAUUCUUGUCUUUGGCAUCACAAGUCCAUUGUUCGAGCCAAACACAUUUGUCCCGGUCUGAACUAGGAGUUCGUUCGUUAUGUGACAAUGCACUUCCUCGCGUGCUAUCGCCAAAGGAAAAAGAUUUAAUCAAGGAGCUCCCCGGACAACCUUCUGACGUUAGUUUCAGACAGUAUGGCGGUUAUGUGGCUGUAAACAAAACGGCUGGUCGAUUUCUAUACUACUAUUUAGUGGAAGCCAUCAAACCGUGUGACUCUACUCCUCUUGUGAUCUGGUUAAACGGAGGACCGUGCUGCUCAUCUCUAAACGGUGGGGCAUUUCAAGAGCUUGGUCCAUUCCGAAUACAUGAGGACAACACGCUAUUCCGCAAUCCUUAUUCAUGGAACAACGAGGCGAAUGUGUUGUUCUUAGAACGCGUAGGAUUCUCGUACUCGAAAACUGAAGAUGCGGAGAAAAUUGGGGAACAAGGGGACACGCUAACAGCAGAAGAUAAUUACAUCUUCUUGUUGAAUUGGCUUGAAAGAUUUCCGGAAUAUAAAAAAAGAGAAAUUUACAUCGCCGGUCAGAGUUACGCCGGCCACUAUGGUCCCCAGCUUGCCCAGAUUAUCCUUCGCCGUAACAACCAGACCUUCAUCAACUUACGAGGCAUGAUGAUUGGUAAUGCAGCACUUGAGGUGAGUUCCGUGGAUGAACAUACCAACCAAUAUUUUGUGAGUCAUGGUUUCUUGUCCCAAGAACUUGUGAAUAACCUCGACAAAUUCUGCACCAUAGACAAGUCAUCUGAUAUGGAUAAGUGCUUCGAAUGGCAAGACAAAGUAAAUAAUCAAAAGAAAAAUGUGGACGUUUACAAUAUAUACGCUCCAAUGUGUAUAAACUCCACAUCGAGCACCAAACUCAAGAAUUGCACGACAAUAAUGAACGUUGAUCCGUGCCAAGCCAACUACGUGAAUGCUUAUCUUAACAUGAAAAAUGUUCAAGAAGCGAUACAUGCCAACACCACGAAUUUACCGUACCCGUGGACCGCUUGCAAUGAUGGGUUGGAAAGCAAUUGGAACGAUACUCAAAGAGAAGAGUCAAUGAUUCCUGUUCUUCACGAACUGAUGGGUAAGGGUGUCCGAAUGAUGUUUUACAGUGGAGACAUGGACGCAGCAGUUCCGUUUACAUCUACAUUGGCCACGCUGAAGUAUAUGAAUCUAACGGUUGUAAAUGAAUGGCGUUCGUGGUUCACCGAAGGGCAGGUGGGAGGGUACACAGUGGAUUACAAAGGCAACUUGUCCAUUGCAACUGUGAGAGGAGCAGGUCAUAGUGUCCCUAUGGACCAACCUAUACGUGCUCUUACUCUCUUUACCAACUUUAUCCGUAACACUCCUCUCCCCAAAACACCAUGA